AUGUCUUGCUAUGACCUGUGCUCUACUGUCGUUGGUGGCAUCAACCGCCCCCAGCCCCUUGCUGACAGCGGGAAUGAGCCGUGUGUCCGUCAGUGCCCUGACUCCACGACUGUGAUCCAGCCACCUCCAGUCGUCGUCACCUUCCCCGGACCCAUCCUCAGCUCCUUCCCCCAGGGUUCAGUUGUGGGAUCCUCCGGCGCACCCGUCCUUGGGGGCUAUGGGGGUUCCCUGGGCUAUGGGGGUUCCCUGGGCUAUGGGGGCUACGGGGGCUCCUUGGGCUAUGGGGGGUCCCUGGGCUAUGGGGGCCAAGGGGGUCUGUAUGGAUAUGGUGGGUCCUCCCUGAGCUGUGGGGGUCUAUCCUAUGGUUCUGGUUCUUGCAGCCCUUACUCCUACCGGUACAGCAGGUACCGCCGUGGCAGCUGCGGACCCUGCUAA